UGCCUAUUUCGAAAAAACACGUCCCGAAGAUUAUCAUUUUCUGGACUUUUAUGAGUAUCGAUUACAACAAUCUGACUUCACCUUUUCUUUUUGUAAAGAAUCUGACAAGCUGAAAAAGGAUCUCAGUAUUUUGAUAGCAAAUGGUCUGGACAAAAUGAAGGAGGGUGCUAGUAUAUUUAACGGAAGAUUUAAGGAAGAAGCUUCUAAAUCAAUAAUGUAUGACACCAAAAAAGUUGUCGAUACUGCCAUUGAAAAUGCUUGUUCUAUCAUUGCGAACGUCAAUACUAGACUGACGAACUCAAAAAAACGUGUAAAUAAUGUCACAGUCCCUGAAGGCAUCAAAAAAAUUAAAGGUUCCUCCAUAUCUGACACAUCAUCGUCUAUCGAUGAAGAGAGUGAAGCUGACAUAAAACAAAAUGUUAAUAUGAACGAGAAAGAUCGAGAAGAUGGACACCAACCUCAAAAUGGAAGAGACUUGGAGAAUGGUUUGGCCAGGGAAGCAUCGGAAUCAAUGGUUGGGAGAAUAGAAAGGAGUCAAAGGACCCCAUUGAUAAUGGACGACAUUGAUCUGGAGGAAAUUUUUAAAGAUUACUACACAUAUCCGAAACAUAAAAUAUCUGAGGAAUGGGAAAAAUUCAUACAAGAAUUUUUCAAGCAGCCGAGAGAUAGCGUAGAAGAAUGGAAAAAGGCUUGGCGUGAACUUCACGAAAAGAUCGAUGGAAACAAAAAAGACCUAGUGGAUGUCAUCCGCAACAUCCUUGGACCAUAUAUCAAAGCUUUCGAAGCACCAUUCAACAUAUUAAGAUCAGGUGACCUCAGAGAAAAUCAAUAUAAUGCGCAAUUCAUAGGCCUGAUAUUAGAGAAUACAAUGAAUACUAUAUGUAGCGUUGAAUGGGGAAUUCUUGAAAUUCUGGUAGAAAGCAGUAAGGCUCGUCGUAAUACUGGUAUAAAUGCAAUUGUUGAUAAGGUUUUAGAAGCAAAGUGCGCGGAUGGACUUGCUCGUCUCUGGCAGAGCCAUGAAGAAGUGUUCUUGUAUGAACAGACCGGAUCACCAAAUUUCGACGAUAUUACUCAAUUUCAUAUUCACGAUUAUAAAUUGAUCAGAACAAUGCGAGAUGUGUUGAACCAGCGAAUAAUCUUUCACCUUAAAAAUGGAAUAUGUGAUCACAAAGACCUCGCAUGCUUCAGUGCUUUUGGUAACCGUUUUAAAGUAUCGUUAUUUUGGUUAACAAUACACCAGAAGUCGUAUUGUCUCCGAGAAUAUGGUACCUUCAAUAUCCCGUCAACUUGGCAAGAGCUUCUCGUGCUAUCCGAAGCAAUUAUAACAUGUCUUAAAUUUUUUUCCUUUAUGAAAGAAAAUAUUGAAGUAAGAAAUUCGUAUGUUGGACAAAACCAAAAAUUGUUGGCAAAGCGAAGAGUACACUCACUUGCAAUGCACAAUUUUACUUUAGAUCUUGUACCAGUUCUGUCGUCAUAUAAUAAAUAUAAUAAGAAAGAUACUUUGGUUGAACCCUAUUGA